UUGCCUUUAUAAAGGACAGCGUUUCCGAUCUACAAACCAGUCUCAUUCAAAAAUCCAGCUUCUCAUAUAUCCUAUCAGUUCCAAAGGCAUAAAAAGGCAGAUGGAAAAGAAAUGUCAAGCAAUAUUAUAUAUUGUUACUAUUAUUGUCAUAUCGACGAUAUGGGCUUAUAUGGGCAGACAUCAUUAUUACAAAAUUACAGCAGCAUUCAAUAAUUCACAGAAGUUUGCGGAGGCUUCAUGUUCAAUAACGCCCAUCAAAGACUCAAAGCACUUUAUGGUGUCUGCCUUUAUCGACCACAGAUUGGACAGGACAAUUCGAGUCAUCAGCAUAAUCAACAGAGACAACAUUCAGCCACUUUACUGUGUCUACUGCAACAUUGAAAAUAACUGUAAAAUUGUUAGCACAGAUGUCCAAAUACACAGUGAUGAUUUUGGUUUCCCUUUUCAUGUCUCAGAUGUGAUUUGUGAAGAUAAGCACUUGCAAAAUGCAACACAUGUUCUCAUCUCAACUGAUAAAGAUUCAGCCAAUCUUAAAAAGGACUAUCUGCCAAUAAAAAAUCGAGUGAUAAGUGAGACCUUUAAAUUUAACUUCACAGUUUGCAUCUCCAACCUUUUUGGGGACUACAAUAAUGUACUGCAGUUUGCACAAACGAUUGAGAUGUAUAAGCUUCUGGGCAUACAGCGAGUGGUAAUCUAUAACACUAGUUGUGGACCAGACCUGGAAAAGCUCCUACAGCACUAUGAAAGAGAGGGAAUACUGGAGAUUGUUUCAUGGCCUAUCGACAAAUUCCUUAACCCAUCCUCAGGUUGGAACUUCAAAGAACACAAGGGUGAUCUCCACUAUUACGGCCAGUUGACAACACUCAAUGAGUGCAUAUACAGGCACAUGUAUCAAUCCAAGUAUGUUCUCCUGAAUGACAUUGAUGAGAUCAUCAUGCCUUACAAGCAUGCCGAUUUGCCUUCUCUUAUGGAGGACCUUCAGUCUGCACAUCCCGAUGUAGGUGUGUUCCUUAUUGAGAACCACAUAUUCCCCAAAACACAGUUUGAGGACAGUGGAAAGUACAAACGGCCAGAAUGGAAAGAUGUGCCUGGAAUUAAUAUCAUGGAGCACAUUUACAGAGAACCUGAUCGAAAGAAUGUUUACAAUCCCACAAAGAUGAUUGUUGACCCAAGGAAGGUGGAGCAAACCUCAGUGCAUGUCCCUUUGAAAAGCAUUGGAGGUAAUUACCAUGUACCUUUUCAUGUGUGUAGAAUUGUACAUGUAAGAGUUCCUCUGCAGGGGCAUCUUACAAAAAAGGAACUGACUGUGGACACAAGAGUGUGGGACUUCGAGCAAGAACUGGUACCAAAUAUUGACCAGACUUUGAAACUUUCAGCUUGGAUUCUAAGGCUUCACAAAAUUGGUUGCUCAGGAAGCCUGACUGGAGUCAUUCAGCACGCCCUGGAUUCAAACUUGUGACUCCAGGUGUGGUAGUCAUUAUCUUUGCUUGCUGAGCUACCCAGGCCCCAU